AUGAGUAAUAUUGACGUCGAAAUUCUUGAACUAGCUGGUGACGAGCAGAGCAAUGACUCACCAGAACAACAAGAAACCACUAAAAUAACCGGGAAACGUAAAAAAAAUGCAAGUGAGUCUGAGGGAGAAUCUUCUGAUCACGAAGUUCAGGCACAAGAAGAAAAGCGCAAAGUUAAAAGAAUGAAUGAGGAUAAACCUAGUCUUCCUCAAGAAGAGGAGGACGAUGCAAUGUCUUAUGAUAGUGAUCUAAUGGGCGACGAGGAUGAUAGGGAAAGGCUUUUAGAAAUGACCGAAGUUGAACGUGAAAAAAUUCUUUCGGAACGAGCUGAAAGGCGUCAGCAAAAAUAUGAUUUGAAUCUAGUAACAAGAUGGGCAGACAGCGGUCCAAAGAAAGAAGGAGAUUCUACAAGAAGAUCUACACGAGCAAAAGACGGCACAAAAAAGAGUACAAAAUACUCAGAAUUAAAACGUGCUCGUGAGGAAAAAGGCGCAAAGAAGGCACAAUCGUCUCCAAAAUUUACAGGAGAUGAACUGAAAUUUGAAGAUUUGAAAUCAAUUCAAAUCACACGACGGCAAAUCGAGAAAUGGAUGUUUGUUCCGAUUUUUGAGAAAACUGUCAUCGGAUGUUUUGUUCGUCUUCAUAUUGGUAUGAAAGAAAAUGGAACACAAAUAUAUCGAGUGUGUGAAAUUAUGGAUGUUAGAAAACAUCAUCGAAGCUAUAAAGUUGAAAAUACUUUGACAAACAAGUCGAUGUUACUAAGACAUGGAAAGGACGAAAAAGUCUGGACCAUGGACAUCAUAUCUAAUGCGCCCUUUGAGCAGUCUGAAUAUGACAGAUGGGUUUCCACAAUGAAAUUUUAUAUAAGACCUUUCCCAUCAAAAAAUGAUGUUGAAAAAAGGCGAGAAGCAAUCCAAGAAGCCUAUAAUUAUAACUUAACGGAGGAAGACGUUGCCGCUAUAGUCGCCCAAAAAAACCAAUUACGCGGAUCGCAAACAAAUUUGGUAGCAGAAAAACAUCAACUACUCACCAGAAGCCAAAUAGCACAAUCAGAAAAUAAUUUUGCCGAGGCAGCAGAAAUUGCCGCAAAAAUCGAGGAAAUCGAUUCGUAUUUGAAUGAGCAAGCAAAAUUGGCAGACAAAAAUUUGUACAAGUGGGCUCAAUUGAAUGAGAAAAAUCGGCGAAAAAAUUUGGAGGACAGUAGAGCUGCCGAAGCGCGAGCUAAAGCGGAGAAAGCUGCAAAAUUGAAACUGAAACGGCGAGUUGAAGAAUCAGGACACGAUAUGAAUAAAGAAACGGAAGGAGAAAGCUCAACAGUCUCAAUAAACCAAUCUUCAAAAGCACCGUUCUGUCCGAUUGCACCACCGAUGACUAACCCUAUACAUAUUACCGAGGAAAUCUAUCGGAAUUUGAAAAUUCGGAUUGUUGUUAAACAGGAUAAAGAUUAUGAGAAAAUUAGACCUCAGUAUCUUCAAGAAAUGAAAUACAAAUAUGAGGUGGCUGCGAGAAAUUUCAAAUGA